AUGACGCGACCAGCCGUUCAAACCAUCCAACAGCCCAGAGUAAGCUGCUUAAUUGUCCGGGCCCAAUCUUCACCCAGGUUCGUAAAGACAACGGCCCGCUGUCCCAGGUAUGGCCAUAAUUUAGAGCCCAUAGAGGCAGAUAGAGGUCGCCUCAUAAGCUCCAGAUCUAGUUUCAAGUACUCAGCAUUAAAAGUACGAUGUUUACCAAAAGAAUUGGGUAUACAGGACGGCAGGCCAACUACUGCGGACGCUGGCUUGUUCCAAAUAAUAAAAAAAAGACGUAGGUUAAGGUUGCGGUAUCUCACAGUACGUUUGGGGGUGAAGCGGUGUGUCUUCUUCACCUUGCUACUCUGCUCAUAUGUCUCGAGCAUAAUGCUCAUGCUAAAUAUCUUACGACAUACACCACCCUGCCAAGAACAUAAGUUCGGAUUCACGCCGUAUUUACUAUUGUAG